AACGCGCUUUCGGUGCCCACGUGGGGCGUGCACGUGUUCUCGCUGGUGGAGUGGCUGGUGGCGAUGGGCCUGGUCUGGGAGUACGCGGCGGCCAGCGGCGUGAAGGAGUGGAGGUGGCUGACGUGGGGCAUGCUCCCGCUGCACGCCUCGGGGGUGUGCGCAUGCGUGCAGCACUUCUUCUUCAACGCCGCGGAUCUGGAGUGGCUGGUCACGGCGCAGGGUGCGCUGACGAUGGCGGGCAACGCGGGGAUGUGCGCGGCGGCUGGGAAGCUCGCGAGAAGAUCG